CGCUCGUGACGCAAUCAUCAGCGGACGAGGAUGACGUACCUUAGGACGUUUCUAUCUCCCCCUUUAAGAGAAUGGUACGUUCCAAGUGGGCGGGGCUGACGCUGCCUCUGUCGCCGUGGCAGCGCGGGGAGCGGGCCUGGAACGACCCACUUGGGCAGGAGACGGUAAAGAUGGCAAAAGACAUCCUGGGGGAAGCCGGGCUUCACUUUGAUGAGCUGAACAAGCUGCGGGUUUUGGACCCGGAAGUGUCCCAGCAAACGGUGGAGCUGAAAGAGGAGUGCAAAAUAUUCGUCGACAAAAUCGGGGAAUUUAAGAAAAUAGUGGGCAACCUCAUUGAGCUCGUCGACCAGCUCGCCAAAACAACUGAAAACGAGAAAAUUAAGGCCAUUGGUGCUCGCAACUUGCUGAAAUCCAUCGCAAAGCAAAGGGAGGCUCAGCAGCAGCAGCUCCAGGCGUUAAUAGCAGAGAAGACCACGCAGCUUGAAAGGUACCGAGUCGAGUACGAAACGCUGUGCAAAAUAGAAGCGGACCAAAACGAAUUCAUCGACCAGUUCAUUUUCCAGAAAUAGGGGCAGGGGGGACUUAAACUGGAGGCACAAAACAGACCAGGAGGCCUUAAGCCAUUCCCGUAGCCCAAGAAUUUAGCUUCCAAACAUGGCCUAGAACUUGACCAAAGCCACAUCUCAGCAGGUGGAAAGCGAACCUGAGCGGAUACCCUAUUGAUGUUGGACUAGAGUCCCCAUCAUCCCCAGCCUUAACCAUUUAUGGGACCCCAGCGUUGGAGGAAAGCUGUUGUUGCGGUAGAAUUGAUACUAUUUCCCGACGGAUGCACUUAAUAUAUUUUCUAAUAUUUUUUUUAAUGUCCAACGUUUUGAACCACCAGACUGUUCUGUAUUUAUACAUCUCCCCUUUCCUUACUUUUUUAAAAAGAUAAAUCAGGUAAUAAAUAUUUUUUCGAAA